UCCCUCCCAAGAACUUGUCCUUCCCAGUAUUGGAGUUAUUAAAAAAAGCUGAACCUUCAAGCUCUUUUUUUAAUUUUCCCCGUAGACCCAGAUCUUGAACCCUCCCUCCCAAAUCUUGAACCCUCCCUUUUUUUUUCCCCUUACACCCCAAAUCCCCCUCUCUUUCUUUCCCUAUUUCUUUCCCCGUUGACCCCAAAUCCUGUCUUUCCUCUUGGGUUGUCGAACCCAGACCUUGAACCCAAGCCGCCACGGGAAUCUCGAAGCCGACGCGAAUCAAGUCCCAAAAUCAAGAUAUGUAAAUGAUGGGAGACCCUUCUGGCAAUAUAUAGUCAGUUCUUCCACUGGUUGUUCUGAUUCUCAGUACUUUGAAGAACUUUAUAACUACUAUACGACUGACAAGGCUUGGCAUCUCUGUGAUCCUGAUGCUGAGAAGGUGUUUGAAGCUCUGAGGAAAGCAGGUGUUAAAGUAGGUGUUGUAUCAAAUUUUGAUACCCGAUUAAGGCCUCUUUUACACGCUCUACAUUGUGAACAUUGGUUUGAUGCAGUAGCAGUGUCAGCCGAAGAUAAGUCUUUCAUAUAUCUAGCCGGCCUACUACAGAUGUCGAAGUUGAUUACUCGUCGUCGGAGUGUGAUCAAUGCGCCUCCCACAUUAUCAGCAUCUACUGCUCCAGCCGUGAGUGCUCCAUUAAUUGGGGAGCCUACACCCAAUGUUGAGGCUACUUCUACGGCGUCCCAAGUGCCCGUCUCAUCGACGUCAUCAGUGUCCGUUGAGUCGCUCAGUGCACGGCGGCCUCACCGACGCUGCCGUGACCCAGAGCCUUCUGAUCAGACUUCCUCGGCAUCCAGAGUUGAGGGUGAGGCCUCCCAGCCACCGGCUAAAAAAAACACCAGGGGGCCUAGUCGAAUGCUGAAGGAGUUACAGGGCGUACGUCAAAACAACUCCAAGAUCAAGAUUGUGUAUGACCCACAACAUUGUGGAGCGGCUACCACCAAACAGCAGCAUAGCGGCGUUGCUAGUAGCUGUGGUGUUGUUAUUCGAGAUAAUUGUCCUUUUCAGCGAGAGUCUUGGGCAAAAAUUCCUGAGGAGACGAAGAUAUUGGUGCGACACAAGUUGUCGUGCGUUUAUGAUCUUGAGGAUGUAUCCCCUGAGGUCAUGGUCUACUUAGAGGAGACCUUAGCAACCCGGUACAAACAAUGGAAGAACAAUUUUCACAAGCAUUUUAAGCGAUGGGAUGAUGAUCCGGAGAUUGCUCGCCUACAUGUUCCAGAUGAGUUGAAGGACCGACCAGAGGAUUGGGAGUGGCUCUGCAAACAUUUUACGGACCCAAAAUUUGUGAAGAAAUCUAUUGCUGGCCAGAAAGCUCGGGAGUCAAAGACACUUCUCCACCAUUCUGGUUCGCAGCCCUUUUCGUAUAGGCUUGAGGCACGACGUGAGGAGGGUUCUAAGUUCCCAGAGAUCGACAUGUUCAAGGACGUUUACGUUCGACCUGGUAAUGAGACCACUAAGCAGCUUCAUGUUACUAUGGAGGAAAAGAGCACUGCUGUUCUCCAUGAAGCAGCAUCGCAGCUUCCCCCGGAGACCCCGAUCGAGGACGUCAUAGUACCUGAGGAUGCAGGUUUUCAGAUCAUGACUGAUGUCCUGAAUCAGAACUAUGGUCAUCGUCGUGGCAAGGUUGUUCGGGGUAUGGGGAAAGCGCGGAUUUGUGAGACAGGUGCUUCUUCUUCUAGAUCGAACACAGCAGAGGUCGAUGCAUUGAAGGCGGAAGUGAUGCAGCUGAGGACUGAGGGCGCGCAUAUGAAAGUUCAGCUGAGGGCCCAGGCCGAGGAGCUGAAUACCUGUGUCGGGAGGGUGCAAGAACUUGUACAAGCCAUACAGACGUCCGGCCUCCAAAUCUCGCUACCAGUACCUCAUCAUGCUCCACCUUCGACCUCAGAGCCACCUUGCCUUGCCGAUACCGAGUAGCUUGAUAUAUUAAACCUAGGUCACUUGUAGUUUUUUUUUUUGUUCGGACAUCUUGUAUGUACAUUUUCAGAUAUUUUAUAAUUAAAUACUUUUGCUUGGUUAAUUAA